AUGAUCGGACAUGCAGCGGCCACGAUAGCGCUCAUUUCUGUCGCCGUCCAUGGAGUGUUCUUCUAUGCGGACUUCAACGAAACUCUGGGACUCACGCUAAACGGAAACUCCGCAACGACAAAUUGCAUCUUCAAACCGAUUAAUGCAUACGGUGUCAAUUACGCCGCCGCGGACGUGCUGGAAGCGCUGUUGGACGUCAUACAGUCUCAUUCUCUCGACCGAGUUACCCUCGACACGACAGAGACGUCUACACCUGCAUUCACUAAGCACAUUGCAUCAACCACAGCCAUGUUUGGACACCGCGACACAUAUCAGCCUUCCCUGCAAAGUGAGUGUCCUGUUCGUGUGAGGCUCACCGGAUCCCAGCCUCAUCAAGCUUCCUCUGUUUGGUACAACGACCCUCUUAAUGUCCUUGACGGGUUUGAGACAAGAUUUACGUUCCAAAUUUCGGACCACGCCAAGCGAUGCUACGAUGUGAAAACACCCAACUUUGGGCUCACUUCGUAUCAGUCUUGCGUAGUCCACGGAGGCGAUGGCUUUGCCUUUGUCGUCCAUGGCGACCCGAACGCCACGUUUGCGUUGGGCGCAUCGGGACAAGGACUCGGUUGGUCAAGCAUUUCACCAGCUCUCGCCGUGGUGUUUCACACGGGACCAAACGGUGGUAGCCCCACUUCAGACGCGCUCCUCGUCGACCACGUCAGCCUACACGCAUCAAGUAAUGCUCCUGGCAAUCCUCCACUGCUUCUAUCGGCCCCAGUUCCCGUUGAUAUCGCCGAUGGCACGAUUCACAUCGUCAAAGUUCGCUACUACAACUCCAUGCCUCAGCAAUACUUUGCAUACCUGUCGUCCGCGCCAGACGCAGUGCCGUUCAUGAAGGAUAUGUCGGAGGAGCGGCGUGUGGGCUGCGUCGUCGUUUUCAUGGACGACGGCAUCAACUCCGACACGCCUCUCUUCGCGGUGCCGAUCAAUUUGGCCGUUGCAUUAAUCUUGCCAAACGAUCAAGCUUACAUUGGAUUCACGGCCGCAACGGGACAUGCGUGGGAGAAGCACGACGUGUUGUCUUGGUACUAUUGUGCUGCGCCGCCCUGCUUGAAUGCCAACGGAGCAAUUGUCGCGCUCGAUUUUGACUACGAAACGCAGAGCAAGCUCAAUGCGGCAUCGUACGGCACAGGGCUGUACCCAGAGCUCAUUUUUCCUGACACUGGAGCGUGGGGCCUCGACCAGGCGUACUUUGCCCCACAAGUACCGCGCGGUGUGUCGUAGUGGAAUGUUCAAGUACAUUUGGUAGAGCAGCUGGCUAUUUGAAUGCACGGUAUUGAGCA